CCCUCCUCCUGAUUUAGUAAACAUCGCCGCCGCCGCCAUGAGCCUCUCCACCCUCUCCCGCGCUCGUCCCAGUUCCAGGUUACUCUAUCUCUCCGACCCCGCCGCCUGCUCCUCCCCGUCAAUUCGGUUCAUCAACAGGUGCAUCACCUCACUCCGUGCAAUGUUCGGACCCCUAGGGUUAUCUGCUCGGGGGCCAUGGCGUGUUCCACGCGGUGCUGCCUUCGCCGCCGCCGCCGAUCGGCGGUGAGGGCGCUGGCUUGUGUCUCGUGGGUCGCUGCCUGACUUCCGGUCUGGGGAGACGGGCUUCAUUGGCCAAUAAAUAGGGACGGGAAGGUCCGAGACUGGAGGUCCCUGGUCGCAAACUCGCAAUCCCGGCAGCUAUUCUACUACCAAUCGAAAAAGAUUUCAUGAAGGAGAAGAAGAAGGCGCCGAAAGGGAAUGGGAGCAACAAGUCUGAAUGGACGGUGAGAUUCAAAUUUGGAGCAAUACAUCUUGCCCAGUUUCACCUGUGGAAACCCUCUUUUAAGGUCAAGAUCCCUACAAAGAUCAAAAUGAUAGAAGGUCCGGUGUGCUGGCGCUAAUGCAGAGCGUGGCGCGGAUGGGCUGGGUCCUCGGCCCAUCAUCCUCAUUGUCUGCGCCUACAUCACCUACUACAUCGUUGUCCUCAUCUCCGACUACUACCGCUCGCCGGAACCCAUCCAUGGCAAACGGAACUAUACACCUGUACAUGGACGCCGUCCGCUCCUGGCUCGGGCCUACAGAUGUAGCUGUGUGUGGCAAUGCACAGUACACAGUUGUCUAUGCAUCACAGUUGGCACGGGCAUCAUGUCUGUGGUGCCCAGCAACUGCCGCCAUUAAAAGGGCCACGACGCGAACUGCAGCAGGAUGGGGCGAUGUACCUGGUGAUGUUCCGCCUUGCCGAGGUCGUCCUCUCAUAGUUCCCGGGCCUGGAGAUCGGCCACCUUUGUCUCCAUCAUCGCCGUUAUCAUGUCCUUCACCUACUCCUUCAUCGCGUUCUUCCUGAGUGUGCGACCUGCGCGCAAGGAUAGGCCAGUGGCGGUGUACAGCCACUUGCAUCGGUCGGCGGCCAAACGAAGGAGCGGUGGGUGGUGACCUGUGCGUAAGGAGAGGCCGGCCAGCGGCGGCGGGGGCGGAGGCCAACGCAGAUCAAUGGCGACAAGGGAAAAAAGGCAAGGCAAGUGUCGGCGGUGGCGGAGGAGGAGGGUCAGGCGGCGACCUGUGGGGCGGCGACCCUCGAGGGAGUAGGAGCAUCCGGCGGGCAGAGGCAGGCGGCAUGCGUCGCGGGGUAGUUGUUUUGAGGCGAUCUGAUUGCGAUCAGUUUCCUGUUUUCAUGGCUUGCGUGAUCGUAGGGUUUGCAGAGGUGGGACGGCAGAGUUUUCGUCCGCCGAGGAAAAUUGCUAAGCACAGUUUUGCCUGAGGGUUAGUCUAAUCUUAAUGGUUAGAUCUAAUUAAAUAAUCUGAUCGUGAGGUUGUAAUUGGUCCAUGAUGUUUUGUGUAGUUUAGGCUGGGUACAUUUAGCAAUGAAUAUGUUUGCUUGUUUAAUAGUAGUAUAGAUAAUUGUAGUUGGGGCCCUCCCAAGCCCCGGCCUAUGGGCCGGCCCUGCGUGGACAGGCGGGCCACCUUCCCGGAGCCACGAUCCGAGACGGACGCCGCCUUCUCGCGAGAGCCCCCGGCCUGCCGUCGUGCCUGUCCUCUCUUAAAACCCAACGCUCAAACCCUCUUCCAAAACAUCGCUCCCACCGACGACGCCACCGCCCAAACCCCAGCCCUCCUUUUUGCCCUGAAAUAGAUCAAGCGUGAAAAACGUGGCCUGCUGUGCUGCAGGUUUGAUUUCCCUGGAGGCGUAUCCGUCCAUCCAUCGGCGCGUAAUCUCGGAUCAGCUUCUUCUCCUUCGCGCUUCAUCCGCCCCUUCGUCGCUUGCUAGCUGAUCCAUCGGAGGGGACUCAUGGACUGGAACUACGGCCCCGAGGAGCAGGUCCUGUGGCCGGCGUCGGUCCUCGCCGGCGUCCUCAUGUGCGCCGCCGUAUAUAAGGUAACUAAAAAGGUUAGCUCAUCGUGCUUCAAGUGUUAUGAUGGAUUAAGUCCAAUGCAAAAGCUUGAGUGGAAUAAUAGGGGCUUCUCUACGGUCCAUGCAUUGGUUGCUGCUGCCGUUUCCUUUUACUUGGUCAUGAUAUCUGGCCUCUUCAGUGAAGAUGUCAAUGGCAUAAUCAUUGACAGAAAGUCAUGGUUAUCCGAUUCCAUGUUUGGGGUCUCGAUCGGGUACUUUUUCACAGACUUGGCGAUGAUCCUAUGGCAUUUUCCAUCUUUAGGUGGAAAAGAAUUUCUCUUGCAUCACGGACUUUCCAUGUACGCAAUCUGUCUUGCUUUGUUCAGUGGGAAAGCACACAUGUACAUACUCAUGGUCCUCUUCACUGAAGCCACCACUCCAUUUGUGAACCUUAGAUGGUAUCUGGAUGUUGCUGGUCAGAAGGAUCACAACCUUUACUUAUACAAUGGAUUGGCUAUGUUUGUCGGAUGGCUGAUUGCUCGGAUAAUCUUGUUCGUAUAUUUCUUCACUCAUGUCUACUCCCAUUAUGAUCAGGUGAAGUCCAUCUUCGCCCUGGGAUUCUACGGCAUAAUGACAGUGCCACCGACGCUGGCCGUGAUGAACGUGUUCUGGUUCCGGAAGAUAUGUAGGGGGAUGGUCAGAACCCUGUCGAAGAUGAAGCAGCAUACCGCAAACGGGAAGACGGAUUAGAAGGAAGGAUGAUAUAACUCUUCUUUUUUAGAUCAAAAAAGAUUGACUGUUGUUCCUUGUAGAUAAAAGCUCGGCCGGUUAAAUUUGAGGUAAAACCACGACACUUAUUUUAAGAUGGAGGAAAUAUGUUGGUGUCUGAUUUUUUU